CUGAAAAUUUAAGAUGCCCCAACGGCCAAACGAAAGUUAGUCCAAAAUAUUUAUAAAGACCUUUAGAGAAUGAGUCCCUUCCCAUCCUCACAAACCCAGCCAAAAGCAUACACAUAAGCUCUCUUCUCCUUGCUAAGGGGCAUAGAACACAACUAGUCAAUUACCAGUUUUCCAUGGCUUUUGCAGAGAGAGUUGUGGCUCAGGCUCUUCUGGUAGUGAUGGCAGCCUUGCUGCAGUUGUCACAAGCAGCUGUUUACAAGGUCGGAGACUCUGCUGGUUGGACCACCAUUGGCAAUAUUGACUACAAGCAGUGGGCCGCUACUAGGACCUUCCAAGUUGGUGACAUUAUUCGUUUUGAGUACAAUGCUCAGUUUCACAAUGUGAUGCGAGUAACCCAUCCGAUGUAUAGGGCCUGCAAUGCCUCAGCCCCUUUGGCCACCUAUACUACUGGCAAUGACUCCAUUGUCAUAACCACAAAGGGUCAUCACUAUUUCUUCUGUGGUGUUCCUGGACACUGUCAAGCUGGACAGAAAGUUGAUAUCAACGUGCUUCGCACAGCUGAAACAGCUCCAACUCCAGGUCCCUCUGGACUGAGUCCUCCUUCAGCUCCUUCUGUCGGUGUUCCUGCACCUUCAGAAAGCAACGCUAUCUCUUUGAAAGCUUCGAAGUGGAGUUUUAGUAAGCUUGGUUUAGCAAUGGGUGCUUUUGCAGUUUUGUUAUCAGGUUUUUAUUAAACAAUUUUAGUAUGAUUGUUCAGUGGAAUUACAUAUUGGGGUCUUGUGGGGACUUUUAAGGAAUGGUUAGUAUACUUUUAUAUUAACUAUGAAUAGUACUUGUUGAUGAACUAAAGUUCCAUAUGCAAUAAUUGAAUAUAUUUCUU